AAGCACACGAGGUCACAGCAGGGCCGCUCUUUGGCCAGCUUCUCUUCUGCGGUGUGUUGUCUUGCACCUGCUUUCCACAGCGACUAGAUUCACCCCGAAACCACACAGAGGAACUUCCAGAUUUGCUAAAGAUGGAAAACCACACAACGCAGAUCUCUCGGGAGGAGCUGGAAGAAAUGAAAGAAGCCUUUGAUAAAAUAGAUCUUGACAAUUCUGGUUAUAUCAGUGAUUAUGAGCUUCAAGAUCUCUUUAAAGAAGCAAAUCAUCCGCUACCUGGUUACAAAGUGCGUGAAAUUGUGGAACAAAUUCUAGCCGUGGGAGACCGUUCUGAGGAUGGAAGGAUUAGUUUUGAUGAGUUUGUUUUGGUCUUUCACGAUCUCAAAGACAAGGAGAUCAGCAAAACUUUUCGAAAAGUCAUCAACAAAAAAGAGGGCAUUUGUGCUAUCGGUGGCCUGUCUGAUCGAUCCAGUGAAGGGACCCAGCAUUCCUAUCAAGAGGAAGAAAAGGUUGCUUUUGUUAAUUGGAUCAACAAAGCAUUGGAAGGUGAUCCUGACUGCAAACACUUGAUUCCCAUGGACCAUAAUCAUGAUCGUCUCUUCAGUGCUGUUGGUGAUGGAAUUCUCCUAUGCAAAAUGAUAAACUUAUCCCAGCCGGACACAAUUGAUGAGCGAGUAAUUAAUAAGAAGAAGCUGACUCAAUUCACAAUUUCUGAAAAUCUCAACCUCGCUUUGAACUCUGCGUCUGCUAUCGGCUGUACUGUUGUGAACAUUGGUGCAGAAGAUCUCAAGGAAGGGAGACACCACCUGGUGCUGGGCCUUCUGUGGCAGAUCAUAAAGAUCGGCCUGUUCGCUGAUAUUGAGCUCACUCGGAAUGAAGCACUUAUUGGUCUGUUAAUGGAAGGUGAGGAGCUAGAGGCGCUGUUGAAACUCUCGCCCGAAGAUCAUCUUCUACGUUGGAUCAACUACCAUCUUAAAAACGCAGAGUAUAAAAAAAUCACCAACUUCAGUCAAGACAUUAAGGAUUCCAAGGCUUAUUUCCAUUUACUGAAUCAGAUUGCAGCCAGUGGAGAGGGAAGUGAAAUGAUGAUCGAGAUUGAUAUGGCUGGUUUUAAUGAAAAGGAUGACUUUAGAAGGGCAGAAUGCAUGUUACAGCAAGCUGAUAAGUUGGGCUGCAGACAGUUCGUCACACCAGCUGAUGUUGUCAGUGGGAAUCCCAAACUCAACCUUGCCUUUGUAGCCAAUCUCUUCAACAAGUAUCCAGGAAUGCACAAAACAAACAAUCAGUACGACCUCACUUUGUUGGAAGAAUUGACCCCACCCAUUGUAGGCGAAUCAAGGGAAGAGAGAACAUUCAGGAACUGGAUGAAUUCACAGGGGGUGAGUCCCUUUGUCAAUCACCUUUACAGUGAUCUGACUGAUGCGUUAGUAAUAUUCCAGCUAUACCAGAAUGUCGAUGUGCCAGUAGAUCGGAACCGUGUCAACCGGCCUCCAUAUCCACAGCUUGGGACAAACAUGAAGAAGAUCGAAAAUUGCAACUAUGCCGUUGAACUGGGUAAAACGAAGGCCUGCUUUUCUCUUGUGGGUAUUGCUGGGCAAGAUCUGAACGAAGGCAAUCGAACACUUACGCUGGCUCUAAUUUGGCAGCUGAUGAGAAGGUAUACCCUAAAGGUGCUGUCAGAUCUUGGAGAAGGUUCAAAGGUGACAGAUGAAAUCAUUAUAAAAUGGGUAAAUGAGACUUUGACAAGUGCAAAGAAGAGCAGCUCAAUUGUUAGCUUCAAGGAUAAAUGCAUUUCCACUAGUUUACCCAUUAUAGACUUGUUAGAUGCUGUUGUACCUAAUGCGAUUCGCAGUGAGCUGGUGAAACGCACUGACCUUUCAGAAGUUGACAAAUUGAACAAUGCAAAAUAUGCCAUUUCAGUAGCCCGAAAGAUAGGUGCCCGGGUGUAUGCACUGCCUGAAGACCUAGUGCAAGUGAAGCCAAAAAUGGUUAUGACUGUCUUCGCUUGCUUAAUGGGCAAAGGACUAAAAAAGGUGUGAAGAAAAUUGAGUACUUCAUUCACCAACCAUGUCUGCCAUAUCAAAUGGAUUCUGCAAUCUACAAUUUACUACACGUCUUACUAUUGAAUCUGUUUAUAAGCAGAGAGUUUAAUAUUGUUAAGAACAAUUUCAGAACCAAGUACUAACUGGAAAAUAUUUUCAUCUUGUGCAUUUAAUUCAGUUCCUGUCCAUGCAUGUGAAAUUUCCAUGCAUUUCUUGUUUUAUUUAGCAAGUAAAUCUAAACGUAUCUUUUUCAACUUGCACUUUACCACAUUAUUCAUCACAUUUAAACAUCUCUUGCAUAUGAAGCAUGUCCAAUAUUCUUGUACCUGAACUUGUUUAUGAUUUGCCUACUUUUAGGAAAUAGUUGAUUUUUGAACAUGGCCAUCAUUAUUAUCAAAUUAUAAAAACUUAAAUCUGGAAGGAGAUGUGACGUUAUAAUUCAUCGCCAUUUCUCAGUGGUUUGAAUGCAGUCUCGAACGUUUUCAGAACAAAUCUAAAGCCCAUAAAUGGAAUAGCUAUAAUUCCUGUUAUAUAAUAACUUUAUAGUCAGUUUGAACUGAGGGAUGAACUACUGAACUAUCACUGCUGUCUCUCCCAGGAGAAUGUAAAAGACAGCAAAGGCAGAAAUUCAGUGCGAAACUGCACAGGUGCAGAGAGGCUUGCAGAACACUGAUCUGCUUAACACGAGUGCAAAUAGUGCUGACAUAGCAUUCACAAGAUUGUAUUAUGUUGAACAUGGUCUCCACAUAGCAGAAUAUUGAAAUGUUCAAAUGAGACUUUUGACUUUUGUUCCAAUAAGCAUAAAAUUUAAAUUGAUAAGAAAUUGCCUGAUCGAAUCGGCGCUUGUCUGAAUUGCAGGCAUAAAAUAAUUCUUGAAGUAAAUCAACACCAUAAUUAAUUUAAAUUUACUGCGGCUGUUUGGUAAAAUGUUGUCAAGGUAUGACAGUAUAAUUUUAAGUCAGAAUAUUUUGCAAACUCUUUUUUGUUGUCUCAUAUUAUUUAUUUGGCAGGAAUUCAACAGUGUUUGAUUGGCAAGUGCUUUGGUAUGAAUGAAUCCUUGACUUGUUUGAACCGUAUUUCAAUUACUUGUGUAUUUAUUCACUGAUACUUUACAGCAGGAGAUAUCUGCACACUGGUAUUGCAAUUUACUGUCCAUAAACUACAGAAACUCUAUGCACAAAUGAAAGAUCUAUCUUUAUUGUAGAAUUGCAUUUUCAAUUAUUAAUUACUUUACCCUGCAUAGGAAGCUGUGUGAUUUGUAACUGGAAUUUCAAAUGUCACUACAAUAAAGGUUGCAUUGCCUAGAC